AUGUGGAGCCGUGCUGCACGGCUGCUUCCGGUAGCUUCGGUGCCCGUAGCCAUUGCCUUGCAUCGCAAGGCUCCGGACUUUCCUCCAGACUCCAGCGGAACCGGCUCUGUGGCCGGCGAUGCCCGGGAACCUCCGUCGCCGGUGGGGCUGUCCGCGGUGGCAUAUGCAGCUGUGAGCGAGACACUUCUCGAUCGGUCGAUGGAGGCCAUCCAAUCGGUGGACUUCGUGGACCUCGAGAUUCUGCGUGGCACGACGCUGAGGGCCUCUUUGAGGGGAUUGGGCAGACUGUGGCGAUACAACCCCAUCAACUUGAGCCCAGAAGAACGACAGGCCUUGUAUCUCAAGUCCAAGCCAGUCAAGCGUUUGAAUGUCUUUUUGUCACAUACUUGGUGGACCAAUGGAAGCUGGAAGGUGUUGUCUUUGCUUUUUCAUUGUGGUUGGCUGCAUGCUCUUUUGUGCUGGCUUUUCGUGGUAGCAGUGACCCUGCUGCUUUGUCUUUUGGGAGCCCUUCCCAUGAGGCUCUCCUUCGAAACCCUAGGAACCAAUUGUGUUCUGACCUGCCCCAUGGGUUUUUGGAUCCUUCUCCUGGGCUUUUUGGGGCCAGUCUUGGGCCUCUUCUCUGCCAUCUACUGGCCAGAUUGCAGCACAAAGCCAGACACCUGUUUCAUUGAUGUGGCCAGCAUCCAUCAAACAGAUAAAGCGCAGAUGAAGCGUGGCAUUCUGGGCAUUGGAGGCUUUUUAUUGGUCUCGGACGAGCUCCGCAUUCUGUGGAGCCCGCCAUACCUCUCCAGGGCUUGGUGUGUCUUUGAGCUAGCCGUGUAUCGCAAAGGGAAUCCCCAUGGACGGGUCAAUCUCUCACCACUCUUCGUUGAGCAAUAUGUGGCCUUCACAUUUCUCGGAGAGUAUUUCACUGCUGUGGGCUAUUGGGCGCUUCGUAGCAUGAGGGGCCAGGUCAAGCAGAUGCUGAGAUCAGCCAGUCGGAGCUUUUUGAGCAAGCACCAACUCUUAAAGCAAUUUGAGCAAUUUGACCUGGACACAGUGGAUUGCUACGACAAUGAUGACCGGCGCUUUAUCCACGCAGCGAUCAUUAAGUGGUAUGGCAGCAAAGCAGCUUUCAAUGAGUAUGUGCGGGGACCUUUACGUGCAGAGCUCAUGGGCCCCAUUCUCAGCAACCAUCUACCAUUGUCCUAUUUGAUGAUCUUGAUUGUGCCUUACCUGAACAUGUCACUGGAAUUUCUCGUGGCGAUGAUUCGAGGAGGAAGCUCCUUUGAGUGCCUCUUGCCCUUCGCACUUGCAGUUCUUUUCAGCGCGAACUUCAUCUUUUUGCCAGCAUGCGUAGAGCUGCUCUUCUUGCUGUGUGACAAGUUUGCAGCCCCAUGCUUUUCCAGCAAUAUCCUAGACUGUAUGCAGACCCUCCUUAUCCACUUGCUCUUCAUGGUCUUUGCCGUGGGGGGGGCUCGGUGGCGCUACUGUGGCAUACAGGAACGGUUUGUUGGCAGCGGUUUCGUGCUCCUUCAUUUUCCUCCUGCUGCUGCUUGGUCUCCUCAAAGUCAAGCACAGUCGACGCAAGAUCAAGGUACCUAGCAGCUCCCAAUUAGCAGGAGAGUGACUGCCGAGAAGGCAGUUUUGACUCGGAGUUCCCGAAGGAUUUCUCUGCGUCGCCGGUCAAAGGACCUUGGAACCGACGUUGCAUGAGACUGCAGUUCCAACACCCAGCCAA